CGGAGCAUAGCUUUUUUAGUUUUUAUCACUCUUUUUCUUUCUUUUCUCUUGUUGUAUUUCAAACCACUUUGGUUCUUUGGACAAAUCUCUUUCCUGACACACACACGGACACACACACCAUCCGGAAGAGAUUUUCAUCAUCCAAAAGCCUUAUAUCGAAAGCAACAUCAUCGCAAAAGAGUUUGACAUACUAGAUAUUAUACACCGCACAUACACGCUUAUUACAUUUUCCCCCCACCAACCACAACACCUAACACUAGAACCCGCACUAUUAUAAUGGAAUCUCAACUACUUCGCCCUUUGUCUAUCAAGCAAAGCAAAACCGAAGUUUCCUUCUUGGUUCCCACCAACAUUUGGGUGGCUGCUGAACAACUCAAGGAGGAGUUCCACUUGGAUGAAACGGAAGAGGAAGAGCCCGCCGAGAUUGAGGUAGCUGCUAAAUUCCUUGGAUUUGCCGUUCAACGCAGUUCCAAGGAGCAACAGUUCAUCUCUGUUGCCAGCAACUUGUUCACAUCUUUCUGCAAUCGUUAUCUCAAGAACAACGAUGUUCACGCCGUCACUCGCGCCCUCACCACCGACUCGCGAAAGAUCGUCCUCAACGCCUAUUACUCCGGCUUGUUUGCCCUUCAAGACUCCAAAGAUAUCAAGCAAUUGACGGUUUCUCAGUCUGCCUUGUUUUCAGCCGCUAGUCGUGGUGAAACCAAGAUUUUCGCAAUGUUUGGUGGUCAAGGCAACAUCGAAGAGUACUUUGAUGAAAUGGCUGACAUUUAUGAAACAUAUGAUGGUCUUGUGAAGCCUUUCAUUGAGAAGAUGGCUGCUGUUUUGUCUGAGCAUGCACGUAGCUCAGAAGCCAGCGUCUUCCACUCCAAGGGUUUGGAUAUUCUCAAGUGGUUGGAGACUCCCGAGAGCCGUCCCGAUCUGCAAUACCUUAUCUCGGCCCCUGUCAGUUUCCCAUUGAUUGGUUUGACUCAACUUCUUCACUACUAUGUCAUGUUGCGUGUUCUUCAACGCACUCCUGAGGAAGUCAGAAAGUACAUUGUUGGCUCUACUGGUCAUAGUCAAGGUGUUAUUGCUUCGGUUGUCAUUUCCGCUUCUGCCACUGAGGAAGAGUUCUUUGUCAACUCUGGAAAGGCCCUUGGUCUUCUUUUCUGGAUGGGUACUCGUGCUCAACAAGUAUUCCCUCCUACUACCCUUAACCCUACCGUUUUGGAAGACUCGCUCUCCAACAACGAAGGUACCCCCACGCCUAUGCUUGCCAUCAACAACUUGCGUGAGGAUCAAGUUUUGAAGCAUCUUGAGGCUACCAACUCUCACUUGUCUCCAGAUCGUCAAAUCAAGCUCACCCUUAACAACGGACCUCGUUCCUUUGUAUGCACUGGUCCACCACAGUCGUUGUAUGGUUUGAAUCUCAGCCUGAGAAAGCUAAAGGCACCAACCGGCUUGGAGCAAUCCAGGGUUCCUUUCAGCCAGCGCAAAAUCAAAUUCUCGUCCCGUUUCUUGCCCAUUACAGCUCCGUUCCAUUCCAGCUAUUUGGAGCAAGUUUCUCCUAUUCUCACCAAGGAUAUUGAGAGAUGCAACCUUUCAUUCUCUGCAAAGGACCUCGCCAUUCCUGUUCGCGCUACAGAUACAGGUAAGGAUUCGGGGGGGGGGAUAACUUUGGGGCAAAGCACCCGAUACGCUCAUUCAAUCAAAGCAAUGGAGUGCCCAAAGUUUUUGGGGAUCCCAACUGUGCAACCAAAUGUUUUUGGCGCCGACCUUCGCGAGUCUGCCGAUUUGACCAAGGAACUGAUCGACUUGAUCUGUUCGCGACCUGUUAUUUGGGAGCAAGCUUUGAAUGUGCCUGAUUUGACCCAUAUUAUCGAUUUCGGUCCAGGUGGUACUUCCGGUAUUGGUGGUCUUACCCACCGUAACAAGGAAGGUACCGGUGUCCAGAUUAUUUUGGCAGGUGCAUUGGAAGGCAACAACAAGGAGUUGUCUUACAAGGCUGAUUUGUUCGACGCCGAUAUUAAGGCUGUCAAGUACUCUCAGAACUGGGCCAAGGUCUUCCAACCUAAGCUUGUUCGCACUGCUUGCAAUGGUCGCAUCCAUGUCGAUACCCCCAUGUCUCGCCUUCUCGGUAAGGCUCCUCUUAUGGUGGCCGGUAUGACACCUUCCACUGUUAGCGAAACGUUUGUGUCUGCUGUCAUGAAUGCUGGCUAUCAUGUCGAAUUGGCUGGUGGCGGUCAUUAUAAUGAGAAGGCGCUCCGAUCCAAGGUUGAUAAGAUCAUGAACCUUACUCACCCUGGUGAAGGUAUCACCCUCAACAUUCUUUUCCUCAACGUUCGUCAAUGGGGAUUCCAGUACCCACUUGUUCAGGUUAUGCGUCAGGAGGGUCUUCCUAUGGAGGGAGUCUGUGUUGCUGCUGGUGUACCAUCUUUGGAUGUUGCCAACGAAAUUCUUUCCAACUUGCAAGCCGCUGGUAUUCGCCAUGUUUCAUUCAAGCCAGGUAGUGUUGAGACCAUUCGUCAAGUUAUCGCCAUUGCUGCUGCCAACCCCACCAUGCCUGUCAUUAUGCAAUGGACUGGUGGUCGCGCUGGUGGCCAUCACUCUUUCGAAGACAUGCAUCAACCUAUUCUCGAAACCUACGCCGCUAUCCGACGUCAAUCCAACAUUGUUUUGGUGGCUGGUUCUGGAUUCGGUGGUGCUGACGAUACUUUGCCUUACAUCACUGGUGAUUGGGCUCUCAAGUUCAACUACCCUCCCAUGCCUUUCGAUGGUAUUUUGUUCGGUUCUCGUAUGAUGGUUUCCAAGGAAGGUCUUGCCUCUCCUAAUGUUAAGCAGGCUAUUGUUGAUGCCACUGGUGUUGAUGAUAAUGACUGGGAAAAGACUUAUGCCGGUCCCGCUGGUGGUGUCAUCACCGUUCGCUCCGAGUUGGGUGAACCCAUUCACAAGAUCGCUACUCGUGGUGUUCGUCUCUGGAAGGAGUUUGAUGAAACCAUUUUCAACCUUCCCAAGGAGAAGCGUCUUCCUGUUGUUGUCGCUAAGAAGGAUUAUAUCAUCAAGCGUCUCAAUGCUGAUUUCCAAAAGGUUUGGUUCGGCAAGAAGGCUGACGGUUCCGUUGCUGAUCUUCAGGAUAUGACUUACACUGAAGUUGUCAACCGUUUGGUCGACCUUGUUUACGUCAAGCACGAAGCCCGCUGGAUCGACCCUACCUUGCGCAACUUGGUCGGUGAUUUCCUUCGCCGUAUUGAAGAACGUUUCACCAAGUCCGAGAAGUCUUCCACUUUGCAGAGCUACUCUCAAUUGGAAGUUCCUCAAGACUUUGUUCCCGAUUUCCUUGCUAGCUACCCUGAAGCUGAGACUCAAUUGUUGACUUCAGAGGAUGUCUUGCACUUUGUUGCUCUUUGCCAACGCCGCGGUCAAAAGCCUGUUCCUUUCAUUCCUGUUUUGGAUAAGGACUUUGAUGUUUGGUUCAAGAAGGAUUCCCUUUGGCAAGCUGAGGAUUUGGCUGCUGUUGUCGAUCAAGAUGUCCAGCGUACCUGUAUUUUGCAAGGUCCUUUGGCUGUCAAGUAUGCUACUCGCAGUGACCAGCCUGUUGGUGAAAUCCUUGGUGAAAUCUACGAGAGCCACAUUGCUAGCUUGAAGAAGCGUUACUACAACGAUGAUGAUAGCAAGAUCCCAGAGAUCGAAUAUCUCGGUGGUAGCCAAAUUGUCACCAAGGGAUUGAUUCAAGGUCAAGACGCUCAAGACGUCCAAGUCUUCAGCUCUGGUGAUUCCGAGAGCAAGCUUCCCACUGAAGAAACCUGGAUCGAGACGCUUGCCGGUGCUCAAUACACCUGGUUGCGCGCUCUUAUCACUUCUCCUUUCAUCGUUCAAGACAAGAAGUUUGUUGAUAACCCUAUGAAGCGUUUGUUCAGACCUCGUGUUGGUCAACAGGUGACUGUUAAGAAGGCUGCCGGAAAGGUGACCUCUCUUAUCGUUCAAGACAAGCGUCUCUGGAGUGCUACUGGCCAAAGCGACGAAUUGGUCACCUCCAUUGAGAUCACCGCUGAGAAGGAUCAAAUCAAGGUUGUUUUGUUCGAGAAGCGCACUGAUGGUCUUGUUCCUCUCACCAUGAUCUUCAACUACAAGCCCGAAACUGGCUAUGCUCCUAUCCAUGAAGUUAUGGAGGGUCGCAAUGAUCGCAUUAAGGACUUCUACUACAAGCUUUGGUUUGGAUUGACCGCCAAUGACGACUUCUUGAACAUCCCCGUUCACGAGAAGCUCAUCGGCACUGGUGAAACCGUCGAUGCUGGACUCAUCAAGGAAUUCUGCCAAGCUGUCGGUAACCAAGCUGAAAUCUAUGUCGAUCGUGGUCAAAUUUUGUCCGCCCCCAUGGAUUUCGCCAUCGUUGUCGGUUGGAAGGCCAUUAUCAAGGCUAUCUUCCCCAAGGUCAUUGAUGGUGAUCUUUUGAAGUUGGUCCAUCUUUCCAACGGAUUCCGCGUUGUUGACGGUGCCGAACUUCUCAAGCAAGGCGAUGUUGUUGAUACUUACGCUCAAAUCAACGCUAUUCUCAACACUGAAUCUGGCAAGAUGAUCGAAGUCAAGGGUACUAUUGUUCGUGAGGGCAAGCCCGUUCUUGAAGUCACCAGUCAAUUCUUGUACCGUGGACAAUUCAAGGACUACGAACACACUUUCCAACGCACCGUUGAAACCCCUAUGCAGCUUACUUUGAAUGCUGUCAAGGAUAUUGCUGUGCUUCGCUCCAAGGAAUGGAUUGAAUGGAAUGAAGAGUUGGAUAACUAUGAGCUCAGCCCUGGUUCUACUCUCAUUUUCCGUCUCAACAGCGACAUGUCCUUCAAGGACCGCACUGUCUACUCCAAGGUUCGCACCACUGGUACUGUCUCCAUGCAAAUCUCCACCAAGGAAAUCGUCCAAGUUGGUACCGUUGAAUACGAAGCUGGUGAAUCCCAUGGCAACCCCGUUCUUGAGUACCUCAAGCGCAAUGCUCAACCCAUUGAACAAGCUUCCGAGUUUGAAAAUGGUGGCUACUCUGUCAUGCCCGCCGAAGCUGUCUAUUCUUCUGUCGUGCAUGCUCCUGCUUCCAACGAGCCCUAUGCUACUGUGUCUGGCGAUUACAACCCCAUUCACGUCAACCCUUACUUUGCUGACUUGGCCAUGUUGCCUGGUACUAUCACUCACGGCAUGUGGACUAGUGCUUCUACUCGCAAGUUCGUUGAAAUCUUCGCUGCUGAUAACGUUCCUCAACGUGUUGUUGCCUACAACGUCAAGUUUGUUGGUAUGGUUCUUCCCUCCGACCGUCUUGAAACCAAGUUGUCUCACACUGGUAUGAAGAAUGGCCGUAAGAUUGUGAAGGUUGAAACCCUUAACCAAAACGGUGAAAAGGUUGUUGAAGGUACUGCUGAAGUUGAUCAGCCUACCACUGCCUAUGUCUUCACUGGUCAAGGUUCUCAGGAACAAGGUAUGGGUAUGGCUUUGUACGAAAGCUCCCCUGUUGCCAAAGAUAUUUGGGACAGAGCAGAUAGCCAUUUCAUGACCAACUAUGGUUUCUCUAUCUUGGAAAUUGUUCGUCAGAACCCCAAGGAAAAGACCGUUCACUUUGGUGGACCCAAGGGUAAUGCCAUUCGUCAAAACUACAUGAGCAUGACCUACGAUGUUAUUGAACAAGAUGGUUCCACCAAGACUUUGCCCUUGUUCCCUGACAUCAAUGAACGCACUACCUUCUACACUUUCCGUUCUCCUAACGGUUUGUUGUCUGCCACCCAAUUCACUCAACCUGCUUUGACUUUGAUGGAGAAGGCUGGUUUCGAAGACAUGCGUUCCAAGGAACUUAUCCAAGCUAACUGCGCUUUUGCCGGUCACUCUCUUGGUGAAUACUCUGCUCUUGCUUCCAUUGGUGAUGUGCUUCCCAUUGAAUCCUUGGUUGACGUUGUGUUCUAUCGUGGUAUGACCAUGCAAUCGGCCGUCAAGCGUGACGAGGAAGGUCGCUCCAACUAUGGUAUGGCUGCUGUCAACCCUGCUCGUGUUGCCAAGUCCUUCAACGAUACUGCCCUUCGUUAUGUUGUUGAUGCCAUUGCCAGCCAAUCCAAGGAUGUCCUUGAAAUUGUCAACUUCAACGUUGAAAACUGGCAAUACGUCGCUGCUGGUUCCUUGCCCAACUUGGACACUCUUGCCAAUGUCCUUAACUACCUCAAGGUUUCCAAGAUUGAUCUUCAGAAGCUCAUGGAGACCAUGCCUCUUGAGGAAGUCAAGAAGCAAUUGCACGAUAUCAUUGCCGGUGCUUUGGAGAAGGCUCGUGCUAAGCAAGCUGCUCAAGGUCAUCUUAAGCUUGAGCGCGGUCACGCCACCGUCCCUCUUCCCGGUAUUGAUGUUCCUUUCCAUUCUUCCUUCUUGUUGAGUGGUGUCGCACCUUUCCGUACUUACUUGGCCAAGAAGAUCAACCCUACCUAUGUGAAUGUUGGUCAGUUGACUGCCAAGUACAUUCCUAACUUGACUGCUGUGCCUUUCAGCACCAGCAAGCAAUACAUUGAGAAUGUUUACAACUUGACUUCCAGUCCUCGUCUCGGCAAGGUCCUCAAGACAUGGUCUGAUGAUAAGUAUGCUACUGCCGGUCAACAACAACGCCUUGGUUACACUUUGCUCGUUGAACUUUUGGCUUAUCAGUUCGCUUCUCCUGUCCGCUGGAUCGAGACCCAAGAUCAAUUGUUCAAGACCUUCAAGGUUGAACGUCUUAUCGAAUUGGGACCUGCUCCUACUUUGUGCGGCAUGGCUUCUCGCACCUUGAACCUCAAGUACCAAGCUUAUGAUGAUGCUCUUAUCAAUCGUCGUGCCAACUUGUGUUUCUCCAAGGAUGCCAAGGAGAUUUACUACAUGUUCGAGAAUGCUGUUGAAGAGGAAGCUCCCGCAGCUUCUUCCGGCUCUGCUCCCGCUGCCACGUCUGCUGCUCCAGUUGCUGCUCCAGUUGCUGCCGCUGCUCCUGCUGCCGGUGCUGGCCCAGCUGCUCCUGUCACUGAUGUUCCAGUUACUGCUACUGAAGUCAUUCAUGUUAUCAUUGCUCAGAAGCUCAAGAAGUCCGUCGAUGAAGUUCCUUUGGCCAAGGCUAUCAAGGACCUUGUUGGUGGCAAGUCUACUCUUCAGAACGAAAUCCUUGGUGAUCUUCAAAAGGAAUUCAACAACGGUGUUCCUGAGAAGGCUGAAGAAACCCCUCUUGAUGAGCUGGGUGCCGCCUUGUCCGGAACUUUCUCUGGUGCUCUUGGUAAGCACAGCAGCAGCUUGAUCGCAAAGAUGAUUUCUUCCAAGAUGCCUGGUGGUUUCACUCUCAACAACGCCAAGUCUUACCUCACUACCACCUAUGGUCUCGGACCUGGUCGUACUGAUGGUGCCCUCUUGAUGGGUCUCACCAUGGAGCCUGCUGCUCGUCUUGGUGCUGAACCUGAAGCCAAGGCAUGGCUCGAUACUGUCGUACAAGCCUAUGCUAAGAAGACCGGUAUCACUAUCACUGCUGGAGGUGCCUCUGGAGGUGCUUCUGGAGCUGCCGGCGCUGCUGUUGCCGUCAUCAACAGCGAGGAAUUCGAUGCUCUCAAGGCCAAGCAACAAUCUUUGGUCUACCAGCAACUCAACAUCUUUGCUCGUUACCUCGGACGUGAUUUGCGUGAGGGUGACAAGAAGUACGAUGAAGAGAAGAAGGUCACUGCUAAGCUUCAAGCUGAACUUGAUUUGUGGUUGGUUGAACACGGUGAUUUCUAUGCUGAAGGUAUCAAGCCUGCUUUCAGCCCUGCUAAGGCUCGUAGCUACGAUUCUUACUGGAACUGGGUUCGUCAAGAUGCUUUGGAGAUGUGGUACGAUAUUAUCUUUGGUGAAUUGGCCAUUGUUGAUCGUGAGGUCACUGCCAAGUGCUUGCACAUCAUGAACCGUGCCCAUCCCGCUUUGCUCGACUACAUGCGCUACAACGUUGAGAAGUGUGCCGCUGAUAAGGGUGAGACUUACCGUCUUGCCAAGGAAUUCGGUCAAGCUCUUCUUGAGAACUGCGCUGAAGCUUUGGCUGUUUCUCCCGUCUACAAGGAUGUCACUUUCCCCACUGGUCCCAAGACCACCAUGUCUGACAAGGGUGAUAUCAAGUAUGAGGAAAUUCCUCGUCCUGGUUGCAGAAAGCUUGCUGACUAUGUCAAGGAUAUGGCUACCGGUAGCAAGAUCUCUGAAUACUCCAACCGUCAAAAGGUUCAACAAAACCUUGGUCGUAUUUACAAGAUCAUUCGUGGUCAACACAAGAUGAAGAAGAGCAGUAAGGUUGCCGUCAAGGAACUUUAUGCCGAUGUCUUGCGUGCCAUGAACAUGUCCAACAACAUCAUCAAGGAAACCAAGGGUCGUCAACGUCGUUUGUCCUCUUCUGGUCGUCCCGCUGAGCACAAGAAGCUUGCUGCUAAGGCUGUCAAGUCUGAAACCAUUCCCUUCUUGCAUCUCAAGAAGAAGAACCCCCAUGACCCUAGCGGUUGGGAAUUCAGCAGCCGUCUUACCACCACCUAUCUUGAUGUGUUGAACGAGAUCGCUGAGGAAGGUGUUACCUUUGUUAACAAGUGUGUCCUUCUCACGGGUGCUGGUAAAGACUCUAUUGGUGCUGAAAUCUUGAAGGGCUUGCUCUCUGGUGGAGCCAAGGUCGUUGUCACCACUUCUCGUUUCAGCCGUGAAGUUACUGAAUACUUCCAAGGCAUUUACCAAUUCCAUGGUUCCAAGGAAUCUCAAUUGGUGGUUGUUCCCUUCAACCAAGGUUCUAAGCAAGAUGUUGAUGCUAUUAUUGACUACAUCUACGAUCCUAAGGGUCUCGGAUGGGAUCUUGACUUCAUCAUUCCCUUCGCCGCUCUCUCUGAGAACGGUCGCCAGAUCGAUGGCAUCGACAGCAAGUCUGAGUUCGCUCAUCGUAUGAUGUUGACUAACUUGAUUCGCAUGCUUGGUAACGUCAAGACUCACAAGCAAGCCAUUGGCUCUGACACUCGUCCUGCUCAAGUCAUCCUUCCUCUUUCACCUAACCACGGUACCUUCGGUUCCGAUGGUCUUUACAGUGAAACCAAGAUUUCUCUUGAAACCUUGUUCAACAGAUGGUACUCUGAGGAUUGGUCUGGAUACUUGGUCAUUGCUGGUGCCGUCAUUGGAUGGACUCGUGGUACUGGUUUGAUGAGCCCCAACAACCAAAUCGCUGAAGGCAUUGAACAACUCGGUGUCCGCACCUUCUCCAGCGUUGAAAUGUCCUUCAACAUUUUGGGUCUCAUGCACCCUGACAUCGUCGAGCUUUGCCAGAACGAACCUGUUUGGGCUGAUCUUAACGGUGGUCUCCACUUCAUUCCUAACUUGCAAGAAAUCUCCAACAACCUUCGUCAGCAAAUCCGCGAAACUGCUGAAGUUCGUAAGGCUAUUGAUGCUGACAACUCCCUUGAUUUCAAGGUUACCUUCGGUGAUGAAGCUGAGCGUAAGCACAAGCCUCACAAGAUCACUCCUCGUGCCAACAUGACCUUCGAGUUCCCCAAGCUUAAGCCUUAUGAGAACUUGAAGCAACUCAGCCACCUUAAGGGUAUGUUGGAUCUCGACAAGGUUGUCGUCGUCACCGGUUUUGGUGAAGUCUCUCCUUGGGGUAAUGCCAGAACCAGAUGGGAGAUGGAAGCCUAUGGCUCAUUCUCUCUUGAAGGCUGUAUUGAAAUGGCCUGGAUCAUGGGUUACAUCAAGCACUUCAACGGUAACCUCAAGAACGGUACUCCUUAUGCUGGAUGGGUUGAUGCCAAGACCAAUGAGCCUGUCGAAGAUAAGGAUGUCAAGAGCAAGUAUGAGAAGCAAAUCUUGGAACACAGUGGUAUUCGUUUGAUCGAACCCGCUAUGAUGAACAACUACAAUCCUGAGCACAAGACUCUCCUUCAAGAAAUUGUUGUUGAUCAUGACCUCGAACCUUUCGAGUGCUCCAAGGAGGAAGCUGCUCACUUCAAGCAAGAGCAUGGUGAUAAGGCUGACACCUACGAAACCGAAUCUGGAUCAUGGAUUGUCAUUCUUCGUAAGGGUGCUAACCUUUACAUCCCCAAGGCUCUUCGUUUCGAUCGUUUGGUUGCUGGUCUUUUGCCCACUGGCUGGGAUGCUGCUCGUUAUGGUGUUCCCAAGGACAUCAUCGAUCAAGUCGAUCCCGUCACUCUCUUCAACUUGGUCUCCACUGUUGAAGCUCUUGUUUCUUCUGGUAUCACCGAUCCUUAUGAAUUCUACCAGUACGUCCACGUCUCUGAAGUUGGUAACGUAACUGGUUCUGGUGUCGGUGGUGGUAAGGCUCAACGUGGUCUCUUCCGUGAUCGUCUGUUGGAUCAACCCGUUCAAAAGGACAUCCUUCAAGAAUCUUUCAUCAACACUAUGCCUGCUUGGGUCAACUUGUUGUUGCUCUCUUCUUCUGGUCCUAUGAAGACUCCUGUCAACGCUUGUGCUACUGCUGCCGUCUCCGUUGAAAUGGCCGUCGACAGUAUCGUUAGCGGAAAGGCCAAGAUCAUGAUUGCUGGUGGUACUGAAGAUAUCACUGAGGAAUCUAGUUACGAAUUCGCCAACAUGAAGGCUACUUCUAACGCUGUUGAAGAAUUCGAGAAGGGUCGUACCCCACGUGAAAUGUCUCGUCCUGCUACUUCUACUCGUAACGGUUUCAUGGAAUCUCACGGUGCUGCUAACCACAUUCUCAUGUCUGCUUCCCAAGCUAUUGAAAUUGGUGCUCCUAUCUAUGGUAUCGUUGCUUUGACCAACACUGCCUCUGACAAGGAGGGUCGUUCCAUUCCUGCUCCUGGUGCUGGUAUCCUUACCACUGCUCGUGAAAAGUCUGGCAACGUCAAGACUCCUCUUUUGGACUUCAAGUACCGUGCUCGUCAAUUGAAGGCUCGUCGUUCUCAAAUUAAGUCUUGGGUCGAAAGCGAAUUCGAUGUGUUGCGUGAGGAAUUGGAGGAUCUCAAGGCGAAUGGUGAACUCGAAGUUUCUGAAGAUGUAUGGUUGGCCGAACGUGCUGAUUUCAUCCACAAGGAAGCUAAGCGUCAAGAGAAGGAAGCUCUUAACACCUGGAGCAUGAAUUUCUGGCAACAAAACCCCAACAUUGCUGCUCUUCGUGGUGCCUUGGCUGUCUAUGGCCUCACCAUUGAUGAUAUCAAUGUUGCUUCUUUCCACGGUACUUCUACCAAGGCCAACGACAAGAAUGAAUCUCGUGUGCUCAACAGCCAACUUGCUCAUCUCGGUCGUUCCAAGGGUAAUGCUUUGCUCGCUGUGUUCCAGAAGUAUCUCACUGGUCACCCUAAGGGACCUGCUGCUGCCUGGAUGACCAACGGCAUGCUUCAAGUCAUCAACUCUGGUCUCGUUCCUGGAAACCGUAACGCUGAUAACAUUGAUGAAGUCAUGCGUGACUUCGAACAUAUUGUCUACCCAUCCAAGAGCAUUCAGACGGAUGGUAUCAAGGCUGGUCUCCUCAAAUCCUUCGGUUUCGGUCAAGCAGGUGGUGAAAUGUUGCUCAUUCAUCCCAACUACGUUCUUGCUUCUUUGGAAGAACAUGAGUACAAUGCUUACCGUGUUAAGAACAUCCAACGUCAAGCCAAGUCUUACAGAUACCUCCAUGACUCUCUCACUGGUGUUUGCGACUUUGUCCAAGUUAAGCAUGAGCCUCCGUACAGCGCUGAGCUUGAACAUCAAGUUUACUUGAACCCCAACGCUCGUGCUCAAUACAACAAGGAGAAGAAGACCUGGACUUUUGAUAACAAGUCCACUGCUCUUUCUGCUCCCAUUGCCGGUGAUGUUGCUGCUACCAAGAACAUUUUGGAAUCACUUGCUCAACAGCAAGCCGGUAACAAGGGUGUUGGUGUUGAUGUAGAACUUACUUCUGCGGUGAAUACCGAUAACGAUACCUUCGUUGAGCGCAACUUCACUGCCAGUGAAAUUGAAUACUGCCGUGCUCGUCCUGAUCCUCAAGCCAGUUUCGCUGGAAGAUGGUCUGCCAAGGAAGCUGUCUUCAAGGCCUUAUCGUCCUACGGCCAUGUUGAAAGCAAAGGAGCCGGUGCCCCAUUGAUUGAUAUCGAAGUCAGUGCUAGUCAAGAUGGUGCUCCCGUUGUCACCUUGACAGGUGAAGCGAAACAAGCUGCUGAUGCUGCUGGCGUCAAGGAUGUCAAGGUGUCUAUAAGCCAUAGCGGUGCUUACAGUGUUGCUGUUGCAUUGGCACAGUAGACUCUCCUCCCCGCCCCAUAAUUUUUUCUUUCUCUUCUCUGUAUCCCCAUUUUUGCUGAAUGCUUUGAUUUUCACUGGCUUUUAAUUCGUACUGUAGAAUAUCCAACUUGAAGCCAUUAUACUUUUUUCAUAUGCAACUUUUUCUUUUCUUUUUAUCCUUUAUCCUACAUUGUGUGUCCAAAUCAUCCCAAACCACUAUCGUGUGUCCUCAAACAAAAAUAAAUCGUGUGUC